ACCUUUUUCUCACCUCGAAAUAAAAACUCGCCACAGCCUCCGCCGCCGCCCCCAAAACCCUACGCAAAAAACGCUAGCCGCCGCCAGCAAUGGCGGGCCUCCUGCGGGUCGCCGGUGCCGCCCGGUUCCUCUCCCUCUCCCGCCGCGCGCUCGCCCCGCACCCCGCCCCGGCCCCGGCACACCGGAGGCUCGCGGCCUCGGCGGCGGCCAUGGUGGACUACUGGACCGACUGGGAGGAGGAGGAGGAGGAGGACGCGCGGCGUCGCGUCUCCGCGCCGGUCGCGGAGUCGGACCUCGCCGGCGGGGGCCCCAGGGGCGUGCAGUGGGUGGUGAUGGGCCGCCCGGGACCGCAAAAGCACGCCCACGCCGCGCGCCUCGCGGAGGUGCUCGACGUGCCGUACAUCUCCAUGGGGACGCUCGUCAGGCAGGAACUCAACCCCGCGUCCGCGCUCUACAGGAAGCUUGCAAAUUCGGUAAAUGAAGGGAGGCUUGUGCCGGAGGACAUCAUAUUUGGAUUGCUGACGAAGCGGCUUGAGGAGGGAUACAACAAGGGUGAAACUGGAUUCAUUCUUGAUGGGAUACCGCGCACCCGUAUGCAAGCUGAGAUUCUUGAUGAGAUUGUGGAUAUUGAUUUGGUUCUGAAUUUCAAAUGUGCUGAUGACUGUUUCAUGAAGAAGCGGUCAAGGGGCGACAUCUGUUCCCACUGUGGACAACUCUUUGAUAUGAGCAAUUCAGCAUCUACAAACUGUAAUCCCUGCCUUGGGAGUUAUACAUGGCAUUCUCAGGUAGAGCCUGCUGGUGUUGCAGGCCUGGAAGACUCAAGGAUGGAGAGAAUGCGUACUUAUGCUAAGCAGACUAAGCUGCUGGAAGAUUACUACAAGAAACAGAGAAAAAUUGUGGAAUUGAAGACAUCGGCUCGCCCUGGGGAAACAUGGCAGGGGCUUGUAGCCGCCCUGCACCUCCAGCAUCUGGAUGCACCCCCAACACCGCACAAACUCACCGUGUAAAUAUUGGUCAUGCUACGUCUGAGUAGAGUCUAAGGAUCUGAAUUUUGAUCCUGCCUGCAGCAUAUCUAGUAUCCCUAUGUUUGUGGGUUCUGACUUAUGAUGGAGUCAGUCGGCUAUGUCGUUUGUUCUUUGUUGUUGUUAUAGAUAAAUGUAAGCGAUUUUGCGGACGCCCUUAUAUGAUUGUAACCUAGAGUUUUGGAGUUUGGACUUGCAAGUGCAAGUGUACUCGCGUUUGUGGCACCAGAUAUCUUGUUCUGUGUAUCAUGUUUAACA